AUGCUGAUGCAAAGCUCCCCAGCUGGAGAAAGACCUCUCAGGAACAGAGAGGCCUCCACCGAGUGCUGCAGGGCUCCCCUGUUGAAAGUGGGACCCCUCCAGGACGGAGAGGGCUCCCCCAAACAGAGAUGGGGGAGGGGGGUCGAGAAGCGGGGGAGCAGGGGAGUGGGGGCGGGGGAGGGUACGGCCCCCAUACAAUAUUACAGCUUCAUAUUCGCGGCGCCUCCCGAGGCGAUGGGGGCGCAAAAAGUCGAGAAGGCCGAAAUAAUAGUACUAGCAUCUCCCGUCAUGGGCAUCAUUCUUGCCGUCCUCCCUGGACUCCUCUCUGUCUGUGCCGCCCUCCCCCGGCUGAACAUUGACCGAGUCCUGAGCUGCCGAGGGCCGCUGACGGACUGCCCCGGCGCCUUCGAGGUACCGGCGGAGACCUUGUCGACGGCAACAGACUGCUCGGUGUUGGAUGACCCGGCAGAGUGCGAUCAGGAGCAAGAACCUGAUGACGCGGAUGCAGACGACAAGUUGUUGAGGGGGCUCGGGAGGAGGAGGCCGCAGGACGAUCAUGUGCCGUCAGCUGAGAAGUUCCAGCUGAAGCACAGUGUCCAUCCAGUGCUAAGUGCGCCGAGGGUUGCGGUCGAUUAUGACGGCGAUGGAGCGGAGGUCGUUAUUCUUGACGUGAGCGGGAGGGAAGGUUCUCGAAAAGCGUUGACGGUCUGCCAUGGCCGCUUUGUGUCUAUAUGGUGCAGGGCGACCAAUCCCACAGUCACGAGACCAACGCGUGAGCACAUCACACACACGAGGGACAAUCCCGUCACGCUGCGAGGCUUAUGUGUUGCAGUGAUGGUGCUCUGGUGAUAUCCCGUUGGCAGUGGUCCGUCAACAACACGACCAUGUCUGACGGCAAGCGCGAGAUCCACUCGGCCAGCCUGCCCCUCGGCCGUCACUGGGUGCGGCUGAAGGUGCACGACAGCUCACGUCCAUCCAAGCAGGAGGAGGUCGGCACAUAUGUGGACGUCGUCAGGCCCGACAAGGUGCCUGGCGUACAGGUGUGGCUCUACUCGCCCAACGUGGCUGACAACCCUAGCAUUGAGAAGGUGAGAAGGAGCGGACGCAAGCAAGCACCAUGGCAGCCCGCUGAGUCUGUCCCUUGGUGUUUUUCCAGAUGCUGCACAAGAGCCCAGAAGACCUGGCAAAGGAGCUCACCCCUUCCUUCGUCGGCAAGUCCUUCACGUCUUUCUCCAUCCCAGUGGACCAGAAGAGCGGCAACCUGGCGGGCUCAGGGCUCAGCAAAAACGUCAUGGCCAACGUGCGCGCCAAAAUUGUGCUGGACGAGUCGAUCAACCCGGAUGGCGAAGUCACAGUGGAGCUGCCUGGCGUGACCAAGGCCGCCAUUCUGAUCAACGGUUUGCCGGUGAAGUCGGGCGAGGCCAUCAGCCUGCCCACCAACACCACUGCCGACUUCGAUGUGAGGUUUGGUCUGAGUGAUCGGGCGACUGACGUGCCGUCUGUGGAGGUCAAUAGGAAAGCAGUGGAGGCCUUCGCUGCCGACGAUGUCGUCGCUGACGGUGUGCGUGUGUUCCACGACGAGACGGCCAUGAAGCCCCACAUCAACGCCAUCACGCCCAAGCACGCCCCUGUGGGCGAGACGAAAUCCGUCACCAUCACGGGAGCGGGCUUCAUCAUGCCACAAGACAGCAAGGCGCUGCGCGUGGUGAUCGGGGGGCGCAACGAGUCCCUCAUACCCACCCAAGUGUCGCCGACACGCAUCAAAGUGGACAUGCCGGCGACACAUGCCGAGCACACCUAUGGCGUCAGCGUGGCAUCGUCGCGGGGCAAUUCCAACUGGGCCGAGUUCAAAGUCUCUGCUGCCAGCUCAAGCAUGCCCGAGAUCAAGUUCCACCCACCUACGGCUAUCCGCACUAAGGCCCGGCCGACUGCUGGUGCUUGGGGCGUUGACAACCGCUUCUACAUGGGAAGCAUGGAGGGGCUGAUAGAGGUGAGUGGCUGAUGGGGGGCAGGCAGAGCAGAGCAGUGAAGUGAAGUGGCACACAGAUUGGGUGGCGCAUCAUGGUGUGGGCAGGUAUAUGACUUCGAUAUGGACUACAACGUCAAGAAGAAACAGACGCUGAAGGUCAUUGACGAGAAGUACCCCGGCGACACCAUACUCGGCAUCAGGGCCGACCCUUACAGCGACCCCGAGAAGCAGCACCUGUACGUCGCCCACUCCAACCUGGGCGCAGCGGUAUGCCACCCACCCACACAGAGCGUCGGCUCACACCAUGUGUUCAUCCAUCAGGGGGGCAAUGACUGCGAGGUCACGAAGAAGCACGGCAUGGUCUUCCCCGGCCGCAUCAGCCGCAUCACCGGGCCAGACUACACCAGAAUCGAAAAAGUGGUGACCAACCUGCCGGCAGCCAACAAGGGAGGGCUUGGACCAAACGGCAUCGACUUCGUAAUGAGCAGCACCUCCACACACAAAUGGGGGCAAGAAACACUUGUGUGUGGAUGUCUCUGUGUGUGUGUCAGUCGCUGGAUGGCGACCUCUUUUGGGCUCAGGCGUCCGUCGGCAACGGCGGCCCCCCCGUGUGCUUUCUCGGCGGGCUGCAGGACUCGCCCCUCACCGCAUCCGUCAACAGGGCCCAGUUCCGCCGACCCGACUACACACCGGAUAUCGACUACGUGUGGAAAAACACCACCGGCAUGAUAGCCAAGGGGCUGGCGAACAAGAGGGCACCCAACGACCAGCGUGAGGCGUCCAGCUACAGCAUCGCUCCUUGGGUCAAGGGCAUCGAGUGGUACGCCGCCGGCUUCCACAAUCCAUUCUCAAUCGUGUGGACGACUGAUGGCGAGUUGUGGACCACCACCAAUGGCCUCACUGGCGGCAACGCUUGGGACACCACACAGAUACCCGAGUACAUCAAGCGCAUGCAGGAGGGAUCCUGCGCAUGGCCUGAGUGCCAGCCGCCUGCCAAAUUCAGGAAAUCAGUCGACAGGGUGGGUGGGUGCGUGGGUGGCCGGGGCGGAGAGAGAGAGAGGUGCAUCCACUUUGCUGCCAUGGCGUGUGUCGUGUGGUGAUGUGUGGUGAUGUGUGCAGGUGACAGGCCCGCUCAAUUACAAGGACUAUGGGGGGUAUCCCAACCCAGCGAGGGCACUGGAGGGCGACGAGCGGCAAUGGUACUACUUCUCGGCUGCCGACCCGCCCAACCCCAUGAUAUACAAACAGGGCUUCGCCGUCGACUCGUCCGUCAACGGCAUAACCGAAUUCAGAGGUCAGCAAACAAACCAGACGCACAGCAGACGCCCACGUCACCAUCCCUCCUCUGUUUUCGUGCAGGCAACUGUUUCAAUGGUCAGCUGAAAGGCGACCUCCUCGCCCAGCAGUGGGACAAGAAGACCUACCGGCUGGACCGACCGAAGCCGGGCGAGAAGCGCCAGACCACUUUAUCCGUCCUGACGGGGAAGCUCAAGGGGCUGACGCUCAACUAUGGGCCGCAGUGUGCGGUGAUCAGUGUGGACUUCACCGCCUUCAGCAUCAAGGUCAUGCGGCCGGACGAUGAGGCCGCCAAGAAGACUGACCAGCCACUGGUGCGCUGCAGACGAGAGGCACAUGCCAAUGCCAUUCAUUGCCGUGGAUUGGCCUAUGUGUGUGUGUGUGUGUGUGCAUCAGGUGUACGACAUCAACCGGUGGCGUGCCAGCCCCGAGUAUGACCAGACGCUUCACAUUGGGGGGGCAAACUUCAACAAAAAAGGGAGGAAGGCCACCAAACUCACAAUCGGCGGACGGACAUGCGACAUCAAGACCCAAUCGGUGCCUUACCUACCGCACAAACACACACACACGAGGGCGGCACAUCUUUCCUUGUGGCUUGCUGUUGUGCGUGUCCGCAGGAUGGCGAGAUCCGGUGUGUGUUGCCAUCAGCAGCGAAGGGUGACUUCCCGCGGGGCUUCCAGGCGAUCGAUGUGUCGUUUAGCGACGGCACCAAGGGACACCUCGACGACGCCUUCAUCUACCUCAAGCCAGGGAUGGGGCUGGAGAGCAACAGAGACACCAAAGACGGCUAGGCAGCCAAACCAAGGUGACCGGGCAUUUGUCGGUAGGUUCGUUUCGUGUGUGGUCCAUAUGGCGUGGCGUAUAUCCGAUGACAGUGCAGAGGGCACCGGUGCAUGUGAUGCUGUGUGUGGGUACAUAUGUGCCUGCCCGAUGGCAGAGGGAUGAGAGCCGAGCUGCUGGGACGUGAGGUCAGUGACGUGUGUAUACAUAUCGUCGUCAGUGUACUGUACAUAUAUAUUGGGAGUAAUUCAUCGGGGAGGGGAGUAUAUUUUUCAGUGCAAGCAACAAAACAAAUUGGUGCCUUGACUUGACAGCUAGGGUCUCCUGCCAUAUUGUAUCCCUGUGUGACGUGGGGUCUUGCUCUCAUUGUUAUGUCUUGCACCUGGGUCUUGCAUCAAGCAGCCUAAAGAGGGCAGGCAGAUAUUCACGUGCAUGCAAAGGCCAAAUCGACAUAUUGCGCCUGAAUGUCCUCAAGGAAGGAGCA